AAUUCGGUACAAACCCUAACCUGUCAUAACCACUGGACAAAAUUACCCCUCCUCCUUAUUUUAUUUACGAAAAUACCUCUAAACCCUACGAAGUCAACAACAGAUUCAUCACAUCAUAGGGUUGAGAAUAAGGAAGAAACAAUGAAUCUCCUUGUGAUAAGGAACUAAACUAUCUAGGGUUUCAGACGCACGCCGAGUUCUCAAAACCCAACAAAUACCAUUAAACUAACAAAACUAAGCUUCCAGACCUCCCUUUUUUAUUCAAUGCCACAAGCUAUCUUCUUUUUCUUCUUCUUCUAGAGUCUUCUACUGACACAGGUUAUCCAGUUUUCGUUUCGUGCGGCUUCUCACUGGAAGGACAAUAACAUGGGGAAAUCAGGGGGUAGGAGAAAGAAGGGUGGUUCGAACCCAAACCAGGGUGUGGUUGAUAAUUCGGGUUCGGGUGUCGGUGUCCCACCGUCUAAUGGUGGGUCGGAGUUGUUGGAUUCGUCGAUAUUUUUGAAGAAGGCGAAUGAGAUGAAAGAGGAAGGGAAUAGGAGGUUCCAGAAUAAGGACUAUGCGGGUGCUCUUGAACAGUACGAGAGUGCUCUUCGUUUAACCCCCAAAACGCACCCUGACAGAGCCGUUUUCCACAGCAACAGGGCGGCGUGUUUGAUGCAGAUGAAGCCCAUAGAUUAUGAAGCUGUGAUUUCUGAGUGCACCAUGGCGCUUCAGGUCCAGCCCCGCUUUGUCCGGGCCCUUCUUCGUCGGGCCCGUUCCUUCGAGGCUGUUGGGAAGUAUGAAAUGGCUGUGCAGGAUGUGCAGUUCUUGUUGGGUGCUGAUCCUGGUAACCGUGAUGCUUUGGAGAUCGCCCAGAGAUUGAGAACUGCGUUGGGGCCGCGCCAGGAAGCCCAGCAGGACCUCCAAAGUCGACCCUCUCCAGCUGCCCUUGGCGCUUCCGCCGUUCGUGGCGCCCCUAUUGCUGGAUUGGGGCCAUGUUUGCCAGCCCGUCCCGUGGCGAAGAAGGGAUCCAAUUCAGCAGUUGGAUCUGUUGUUUUGCCUAAUAAUAACAAGCUAGACGGCAAGGCACAACCGGUUUUACCGACUGAAAAUGGUUCUGAUACCAAGUCCCACUUGCCAAAACUGAUGUUGAAGCCUUCAAGUGGUUCUCCAAAGCCAUCUUACCCUGGAAAGGAUGACCACAAGGAACAGUCAUCGGGCAUUCAUGGGCAGCAUUCUCAGGCUGCAAUUCUGUGGAGACCGUUGAAGCUUGUUUAUGAUCAUGACAUUAGGCUCGCACAGAUGCCAGUCAAUUGCAACUUUAGAGUGCUGAGGGAUGUAGUGAGCAAAAGAUUUCCUUCGUCAAGUUCUGUUCUGAUCAAAUAUAAGGAUUGCGAUGGUGAUCUGGUUACUAUAACCUCUACUGAUGAACUCAGACUGGCAGAGUCUAGUGUUGAUAACCAUCUCCUCAAAGAACUUGGGGAAGUUAAAAGUGAUUCUGUUUCAAUGCUGAGACUGCAUAUUGUUGAAGUUAGUCCAGAGCAGGAGCCACCUUUAUUGGAAGAAGAGGAAGAAAAACCAGUUGAGAAUGAAGGGGUCAAGGGAGAUGAGAGCGGAUCUCAUUCUUCCCUUGCUGAAUCUGCCUCUGAAGUUCCUGACAGUGAGGUUGAUAAGAUAGGGAAGGAGGCUCCAAAGGAAAAGCCAGGAGCCACUGGAGAUACUGAAAGCAAAGAGGUGGAGAUGGAUGAUUGGUUGUUUGAGUUUGCUCAGCUUUUCCGCUCACAUGUUGGUAUUGAUCCAGACGCUCAUAUUGACUUGCAUGAGCUUGGCAUGGAGCUUUGUUCUGAGGCACUCGAGGAAACAGUAACUAGUGAGGAGGCCCAGGAUCUGUUUGACAAGGCUGCUUCAAAGUUUCAGGAGGUUGCUGCUUUAGCUUACUUCAACUGGGGUAAUGUUCACAUGUGUGCAGCUAGGAAGCGGAUCCCUCUGGAUGAGUCUGCAGGGAAAGAGGUAGUGGCUGAGCAGCUUCAAGUGGCUUAUGAAUGGGUCAAGGAAAAGUAUUCGUUGGCAAGAGAGAAGUACGAGGAAGCACUCUCGAUCAAAUCAGACUUUUAUGAGGGACUGUUGGCUCUGGGGCAGCAGCAAUUUGAAAUGGCUAAACUUCAUUGGUCUUUUGCACUUGCUAAGAAGAUAGAUCUAUCUGGCUGGGAUUCUAAAGAGACACUUCAACUUUUUGACAGCGCAGAGGAGAAGAUGAAAGCUGCAACAGAUAUGUGGGAGAAACUAGAGGAGCAAAGAGCAAAAGAGCUAAAGGACCCAAAUGCAACCAAGAAAGAUGAAUUAUUGAGAAGAAGAAAGAAACAAGGAGGUACCACUGAAGGUGAGUCCUCUACUGUUGGAGGUCAGGGUGAUAUAUCUGCAGAAGAAGCUGCUGAGCAAGCAGCUGUCAUGAGAUCUCAAAUUCACCUCUUCUGGGGUAAUAUGCUUUUUGAAAGAUCCCAAGUUGAAUGCAAAUUAGGAAUGAGUGGUUGGAGAAACCUAGAUGUUGCAACUGAAUGCUUUAAGCUAGCAGGAGCUUCUGAGGCAGAUAUUUCAAUGGUUCUAAAGAAUCAUUCCUCAAAUGGAGAUGCUAAAGAUGGAGAUGAUAAAAAGGUUGAGAACACACGGCAGAACAAGACCAUUAAACCAGAGAUCAAUAAAGCUAAUCAAGUAUGAGAUGGUUUGGAUUCGAAAUCUCUUCUGCGGCUUUAUUCAGUUGAGCGUUAAAUGAAGACCCUGGACAAAGAAUAUCCUUGUUGCUUGGAGUUUAGAAGCGAUAUCUUAUUUUUUUUUAAAUAGAAAUUCAAAAUUUAGGUUGCCUUAACUAGUUAGUUCUGCCCUUUUUCUUUUUCCUUUCUCUGAAGUUCUCAGCGAUCUAAUGAAGGGAGAUUAUUUUUUAACAUUAGUUACGCAAUCAUUAAUCAAUCUCACUUGCGAAGGGCCAAUCAUUUUUGUCCCCUGCUGUGUUAGUUAUGCGGAUGCAACUUAGUUGAGUAUUGCUUACUCACUCAAGUUUCUGACAUUUGUAUUGGUUGCCCUUAUCAAUGUGCUGAAUGUGUUGCUGAGUUUAUAA